AUGAUAGCAGCGUCGGAGGAAGAGCUAGGGAAGAUUCAGGUCGGCAAAGAAAACUCACCAGAUACCUCUCCACACCGGGGAAAAGCUUCGAGAGUCGGAGGCCUGAAUGGCAUACUCAACCUAUUGGCAAAACGUGGAGAUGUCGAACUCCAAGGAGCAACACCGGUGCCGUAUGACGAGAGGACAGAGACGAACUACUUUAACAUCUUUACCUUGUGGUUUUGUAUGAGCUGCAACCCCCUGCCGGUGACCUUUGGCAUGGUCGGCACGGCAUCGUUCGGCCUGAACUUGCGAGAUGCAGCACUCGUUAUUCUGUUCUUCACGUUGGUGUCGACGAUACCUGUCGCGUACAUGUGCACCUGGGGCCCACGAACAGGCAUGCGUCAACUCGUACAAGCCCGCUUCGUCUUCGGAAAGUACUUUGUCUCUCUCCUCGUCCUCUUAAACCUCGCAACCCUUACAGGUUUCUGCAUCGUCGAUGCCACGAUUGGCGGCCAGGCACUAUCUGCUGUCAUGGAAGGUGAGACCAUCAACGCUACAGUCGGCAUCGUCGUUAUAUCUCUGCUCGCCAUGCUUGUUGCGUUUUGUGGAUUCCGCAUUCUGCACCAUUACGAGCGCUGGGCGUGGAUUCCAGCUGUCAUUGCGCUGGUUAUCGCUGCAGGAUGUGGUGGUGAGGGGCUGAGGCAACAAGUCGCCGCUCCUGCGGCUACCGCCCAGCAAGUCCUGUCUUUCGGUGGCCUGGUCGCGAGUUUCAUGCUGCCCUGGGCCGCGCUCGCCAGUGAUUUCAGCACAUACAUGCAUCCUAAGGCACCGCCAUUCCGGAUUGCGGCAUACACCUACGCUGGACUCGCACUACCAACGAUCCUUCUGAUGACCCUCGGAGCAGCCAUGGGCGGUGCAGUCUCCAACAUCCCCUCCUGGGAAGCAGGCUACGAUCUGAACGCUGCCAGCGGUGUACUUGCAGCUAUGCUGCACCCAGCCGGCGGCUUCGGACGCUUCGUUACUGUCGUGCUGGCGUUCAGCAUGUUGGGUAAUUUGAGCGCGACUAUGUACGCAAUUACGCUGAACUUCCAGAUGGCGCUGCCGUGGUUCUUCCGCAUUCCUCGCGUUCUCUACGCCGUGUUCAUCACUGGCAUCGUCAUUGGCGUCGCCAUCCCAGCAGCGAAGUCCUUCUUUCUGAACCUCGAGAACUUCCUGGGUUUAAUCGGGUACUGGGCUGCUGCAUUCAUUGGAGUCAUGCUUACCGAGCACCUGCUCUUCCGAAAGGGUAGCUUUGCAGCAUACACCAAGGACGAGGGUGCUUGGGAUGAUACUACGAAGCUGCCCCCUGGGUUUGCGGCUAUUGGCGCUACGGUUUUGUGCUUUGGGCUGGUGAUUCCGGGGAUGAGCCAGACGUGGUUUGUGGGUCCUAUUGCGGAGAAGACCGGGGAUAUUGGGUUUGAGGUUGCGCUGGUUCUGUCGGCGGUGUUGUAUGUGCCUUUUAGGAUGCUGGAGUUCAAGAGGUAUGGUAGGUAG